AGGCGCAGUUUGUCCAGACAGACGUCACAGGGUAAACAACAUCAAGUCUCAGCUGCAGCUGUUCGGUCUCAUCAGUCUCUUCAUUGGAGCUGUAUGGGGCUGACAGAGCUCAACCAUGGGGGAUAUUUACCUGUACCCGGUUUUCUUUGAGUGUCAAAGUCUCCUCGAGGAGCACAAAACCAAAAUAGAAAAAUACUUCCGUGUUCGCCGCAGAUCUGGCGGAGGAGACUGCGGACAGCUAAGGAGUGUGGGCGAUAAUAUAUACAGCGUUGCUUUCAGAAAUCAAAAAGAUCAGCAGGCGGUCCUGCAGAGAUCUGAGCAUGUUGUGGAUGGUCUGGUGUUCACUGUCCGAGGAAGCCUGGAACCUCAGACCUCCUCUCCAAGUCCAGAUGUUACGGAUCCAGUUCAGUCCCUACAGUCCUUUCCUGCUUCAACUCCUCCAUCAAGUGGUGAAGAAUAUGAACUACAACCUGAUGCUUACCUCCUGCGUUACUUGAAGGAAUGUCCCAGGGCUUGGGAAAAAAUAGAGACAGAACUUGCCUCUGUUGCCUGCUCUGCUCAGCUUCACCCUGAGGACGGGAGGGUUUUAGUUAGCCAUUUAGCUCCAUCUGGUCCUGCAGAUGGUGUUAGACACUGGAAAGCAGAGGUAGACAAAGUUUUUGAUGGCUACCUGUGCUACUAUGUGGUGGGUCCUCACAAAAUCAAAGCUUUGCUUCAGUCCUGCAGCUCUGGUCAAACCACAGAUGAGGUGAAAGUCUACAGCGAGGUCGGGGUGGCUGUUGUUGUUGGAGAACGUUCUCAGGUGAACGCCAGUUUGAAGGAUGUAGAGGACAAGUCACGUUUAAGGGAGAAGCAAACCCAUAUUCAUCAACUAGGUGAAGCCAAGCUCCGUCUCCUCUGGGAAGAGAUUGAGCAAAGUUUGGGACAAGAUUUUCCGGGAGUGAAGGUCAUACGGGGAGCUGCAGGCCAGUUAGUUUUUGAAGGUUCUGCAGAGGAGAUUGUUAAGGCUGAUGAAUGGCUCUCUGAUCUGGAGAAUUCAGUGUUGGAGAGGAGAGUUUCUGACAAAAGCAUACAGUUUUUGGCCUUCAUAAGGGAGGCUUAUGGAAGUCCAGGGGUGCUGAGUGAGUUUUUAGGGGUUGGCGAGAAGCUGGAAAUAGAGUUAGGAGACAGAGAGCUUCAUUUAUUUUCCCUCUCCAGUGAUAAACUUGAUGAAACAGAAGAGGCAUUGCAAGGUGAGUUUAAAGAAGUCAAGAUUGAGGUUCCUAGCUGCUCCACAGUGCCGUCAGAGCUUCAGGACAAGCUCAAGUCCAAGACAAAUGAGAUGAACCAGGAGCAAUACAGGGCUCAGGUGGUGUUUGGAUCGGACAGCACGAUGUGCUUACUGGGCCACGCCAAAGAGGUUGAAGAGCUGAAUGAAGCUGUCAUACAGUUUAUUUUGGACCAGUCUAGUUUGCAAAGCAAAGUCCCCCUUCCUUCCACAGAGUUGGCCCAAGAGUUACCAGAGUUGUUGGAGCGGUAUGGUUUUGACUAUUCAGGGGUCACUUUGGAUCAUUUAACAUCUUCCUCUGGACCCAUGGUGGUGCUGGAAGGUCCAUCUCAGAAAGUGAUAGAGGUCAGGAACAGACUGGAGCUAUUUCUAGGCUCAAUUCUUGACGAAACAGUUACCUUCAACCCAUUAGGGAUAGUAAAAUACUCCCGAAGUUCCACUGGGAACAAUGAGUUACAAAGUGUUGCCCAUAAUUUGGCAUCUUUGAGUUUGAGUGAAGUUGUUAACACAACAGUUGCUAGCUACAGUUUUCGUGGCGGGCUCCAGGUGCUGGUGUGUCAGGGUGACAUCACCAAACAGGAAGCUGAUGCCCUGGUGAAUGCCGCCAAUGAAGACUUGGACCACGGCGGAGGCGUUGCAGCUGCACUCAGUAAAGCAGGUGGUCCUCAGGUGCAGAAGGAGAGCAGAGCUUUGGUAAAGCAGACUGGAAAGAUCUGUGUAGGUGAUGUUGUAGUGACCACAGGAGGGAACUUAAACUGCAAGAAACUGCUGCAUGCUGUUGGGCCUGUAGGUGGGAAAUCAGGUGGAAAAGAAAGGGCGUUACUGGAAAAAACUGUCCAGUCUGCUCUGGAUUUAGCAGAGAUGAUGGACUUGCAGUCCAUAGCCAUGCCUUGUAUCAGCUCAGGGUCAUUUGGUGUACCUGUCACUGUCUGCUCUGAAGCUAUUGUAACUGCUGUUAAGAAGUUUGGCAGUCAGAGAGAGAGAAGUCUUAGAAGAAUAAUCCUGAUUGAUAACAGAGGAGAGGUGGUGGGGGCCAUGCAGGAAGCAUGUGACCGGCUGCUCCAAGGGAUAACUACUGGAAACAGUGCAGCAAGAGAUCUGGAGUUCCAGAUGGAGGCUGCUGCCCAAGACUCUGCAGGAGGAGCCACUGCUGGAGCUCCUGGAGGUGGUGUCCACGUAGAGAUCAUUCAGGGGACCAUCGAGACCCAGCAGGUGGAUGCCCUGGUAGCACCCAUGGUUGGCCAUGAACCUCUCUCUACCCGUAUUGGUAACAUUUUGUUUAAAGAAGUUGGACGUCAGCUGACUGUACAGUUUAGAAAGGCAAGAGGAGAAGACACACGGCCUGGUGACGCAGUCCUGGUCGAGGGCGUACCAUCCAAUGCAGUGUUCUUCCUCAACCUCGUUCCCUGGGAUGAUGACCCAGAUGGAACUGCAGUCCAGGUUCUGAGGCUGGCAAUCAACAACACCUUAACUUCCUGUGAGAGUAGAGGGUUUGGAUCUGUCGCCUUCCCUCUACUGGGAGCUGGGAUUGCCCUGGGAUUUCCUGAUAUCGUGGUAGCCAGGGUCCUACUGGAGGAAGUUCAUGCGUUUGAACAGAAACGAGCGAGCCGAACGCCAUUCCUGGUCCGCAUCGUCAUCCACCCCAGUGACGAAGAGUCUUGUCAGAUAUUCAAGUCUGUCCAGGAAUCCUUCGAACUCAAUGGAUUCACAAAAGACGUUCACCAAACAGACCAAGCCUCAGCUACACAGAGGAUCGUCCUGCUGGGGAAAACUGGAUCUGGGAAAAGCAACCUUGCCAACACGAUAUUUGGAGAGAAACUGUUCAACACAAACCAUUCUCCCAACUCUGGAACAAGGGCAUGCCAAGCAGAAACCAAAUCUGUCAAUGGGAGAAGCAUCACUUUGAUUGACACUCCUGGUUUCUUUGAUGCAGGCAGAACUGAGGAGGAAAUGAAGCCCGAGAUAAUGAGUUGUAUCACAGAGUGCGCUCCUGGGCCUCAUGUUUUUCUCAUUGUGCUCAAAGUGGAGAAAUUCACAGAGCACGAGCAGGCUGUUUUCAGUAAAAUAUGCCAGUAUUUCUCUGAAGAUGCUUUAAAAUAUGCUGUAAUUGUCUUUACACAUGGCGACCAGCUCCCUAAAGGGAUGGAAAUUGAAGAUUUUGUCAGUCAGAAUGAGAAUCUGAGUGAUCUGGUGAAGAAGUGCGGCGGGCGGUGCCACGUCAUUGAUAAUAAAUACUGGAAGAAAAACCAGCAGGAUGAAUACAGGAGAAACCAGGUCCAGGUGGAGAAACUGCUCAACACUAUAGACAAGAUGGUGAUGGAAAACAAUGGAGGCUACUACACUAAUAAGGUUUUUCAAGAAGUAGAGAAAGAAAUACAGAUAGUGGAAGAGCAAAUAAAGAAGUCGUCAGCAAACUUGCCAUCAAAAGAGAUCCGGAAACGGGCUCAAAGCAAAGUGUCUGAGAGGUUUUUGAUCCAACUGGCAGGUACUGCAACAGGAGUGUUGUUAGGGGCUUUUUUUGGUAUGGCAGCGAUGGUCGGAUUAGUUGUAACAGCGCUGCAUAACUGCGGAGCAUUGAUGAAAGUUGCAAAAAAAGUGCCAGCAUUAGGAGCAGCAGUAGGAGCAGCAACAGCAGGAGGAGAAGUCACAGGGUUGGCAGUCGCUGGAGUGGCGUUAGGUGUGACUUCUGCAGGCUUGGCUGCAACAGGAGGAGUAUUAGGUGGCAUUAUUGGACACGAGGCAGCUGAAGGAGCCGAAACAGUUGGGGAGGCAGUGGAGAGAGCAGCUAAUGCUGUCAUAGAAAAAGGGAGAUCUAGUUUAAAGCUGUAAUAAUCAGAUUUAUUUGGAGUUUGUGUUUCUGGCCACAUGGUGAAUAAUCAUCCAACAUUCGGUUUUUCUCUCCACCAACUUUGUAGGGAAAUAUCGGCUCUCUUUAGCAGCUAAAUGACUAAAGCAUUCUGGUUUCAGUUUGUAGUCCGAGUCAUAUUGACCAAUCACACUUUGGUUGAAUAUGGAUGAACUGUCUGUGUGAAGAGCUAAAGAUGUGAAGCGCAUUGACCAAAUUGCAAUCCCAGAACCCAAUCAUUCAUGUGUUUAUAAGCUUUUUUUCACUUCAUCCACAUUCAUAUACAGAUGUCUGUUUGAUGAGAUUAGUGGAAAUGUCAUCUGCAUCUAAUACUAGUCGCUAAUGGGGCUGUAAAGAAUCAUCAGCACACGAAAAGGAAGUCUUGACCCAAAUAUCUGUUGGUGGAGAUCUACCAAACCAAUUUUUGGCUUGAGUGUUUCACCAUGGUGGCUUGGUCACAAAUCUUCUCAUUUUACAGCUGAAUGGUACACUUCAAUUAGUUUCUGAAAUCAUUUGAGGUCAUAAUAGGGCUAUGCAAUAACAGAAUCUUGAUUCAUUUUUGAUCAGCGCUGCUUAUUUUUUACGUAAUUUGUAUCAGGUAGACCUCAUUUACGUAUAGUGGAGGUUGUCACGAUGUAGCAAAUUCAUUGGGUGUCCUGCUCUCCAUAAAAACCGAAUGGGCGCCGUUAAUAUACAUCAAUGGAUCCAUUACAUCUCCACUUUUGUGCAUAAUCUGGAUAUCUAUUGGGUACCCCAAAAUUAUUGCUUUUGCCCCCAAAGUUAAAAUUGUUGUAAUAUCUAUAGCUGAUUGGUCCAGAGAUUGACAAGUUCGCUACUUUGUCCACUUGGCUUUUGGUGCUUGGCAGGUACCCUACAGUUAAUCAGUGAUGAUUAAUGAAACAAGCUGAAAGAUGAUAAUUUGAUGAUGAUAAUUUUGUUUGACACUAUGAGCGUUAUCUUGCACACUUUGCAUCACUUUAUUUCACAUUGUUAUAAAAAAAGAAACUUGUGCAGUUUUAAGUACAGGGCAAAAGGUGGUGGGUCACUCUAAUCAUUCAAAUCUGUUAUCUGUUUAAAAUAUAUCAAUCAUUCUAACCCCAGGACAGUGGAUUCAUGUUGUCUUUUUAUAUUGGUAAUGUAUAAAGUACAUUUAUUUUUCAAAGAUUAAAGUGUGUUAAAUGAUCUAUCAGUGGUGGCUUGAAUGUGAAAUUCUCUAUAACUUGUAUAGGUGCUGGAUGAUUUUUGUCCCCCCACUGAUCUCUCUCUCUACUGUAUGUGUAAAUCAUUUUUUUUUACAAUAAAAGAAGUGAUUGCUCGCA